CAUAUAUAUUUUCCUCAAUUGUUUUAUAAUUGGGUUUCUUGAAAAUAUUAGAGAAAUCUGUGUCGCGCCUUCUCUGUUUCCCGCCGGCUCUCCCUUUUCGCCGUCACGUCGCACCGCCGCUUCUGGCCUCCUAAUCCUCUCGGUGUUUUGUGAUGGGUAGUUGAAUUUGAUUCUCCAGCAAUAGAAUUUGAUUCUUUUGGUUGUCCAAAACUCCAACUUCAAGCAUGUCUGGAGAGGAGGAAGAAAAUGCUGCUGAGCUUAAAAUUGGGGAUGAGUUUUUGAAGGCCAAGUGUUUAAUGAAUUGUGAGGUUUCUUUGAUCCUUGAACACAAAUAUGAGCAACUUCAACAAAUGUCUGAGGAUCCAAUGAAUCAAGUUUCUCAAGUGUUUGAAAAGUCGCUGCAGUAUGUGAAACGCUUUAGUCGCUAUAAAAAUCCUGAUGCCGUCAGACAAGUUCGAGAAAUUCUAAGCAGGUAUCAGUUGGCUGAGUUUGAGCUCUGUGUUCUUGGCAACCUUUGUCCUGAGACCGUGGAGGAAGCUAUUGCUAUGGUACCAUCUUUGAAGGCUAAAGGGAGGGUGCACGACGACGAAGCAAUCGAGAAGAUGUUAAAUGAUCUGUCCUUAAUCAAAAAGUUUGAGUAGUUGCUUUCGAAGUUUGGGUUAAACAUGUUCAAAUCCAAUGUCUAUCAUUUUCUCACUUAGAACAAUGGGGAAUUGUAGCCUUCUGUGUCGUAGUAUUAUCACUUGAUGGGUCUGUUUGUAAUUGAUAUCCUUGACAAAUCUUCAAACUAAAUUUGAGUUGUAUCUUAUUCUCUUUCACCAUUACAAUGAAAAUGUGCUUAUCAAUAAAA